AUGAUUGAAAUAUUUCAAGAAUACGGAGAAGUCCGUAGUUACGGAGCCAAUACUUACAAGGGUGCAGAUGAAAAACGGGAUGGCGGAGGUGGAGCAAAGGAAGAAUUGGCCGUUGGGGCUAUGUUGAACAGUUGCUGA